AUGACAUCCUCCACCUCCGAGUCCGAAUCUAUCCCUGACGACACGUGUAUGGUUGAAAAUGAACAAGACAAAGAUGAUGGGUCUGGUAUGAAUCCCCACCACAUGGAGCUUUUGCAGGUUGCACUACUACUGUACCAUUUCGAUCUAUUCCACUGGCGGUGUGAUAUGUGA